AGGACCCAGCGUUUCUCUCUAUCUCUCGAACGUGGCUCUCGAGCGAAGCGGAUGUUUACAGGUGGUCUUUGUUGGAAAACCUGAGGACACACGAGCUGGUUUGUGAAAACAAGUUGGAUGAAAGACUUUACGGCUGUGAGACAAUAACUAACACCCGUGUGCAUCUUCACUCAUCAGAUUCAGCUUGGCACGCCUCAAACCUCGGCAGGGCUUGGUCAGAGAUGCAUGGACGAUAUGUUCACUCCUAUGGCUUCUUGAUCUACCUGAUGUUGAAUGGAGUCUGGCAGACAAGGUCUAAAUCAGAUGUGUCUGGGUCAGAGGCUUUCAAAAACAACAUCACACUUUUCACAAGGAUCCUGGACAGACUGUUGGACGGCUAUGAUAACAGGCUGAGACCAGGUCUCGGAGAUCGAGUGACUGAGGUAAAGACUGACAUUUACGUGACCAGUUUUGGGCCAGUAUCGGAUGCAGACAUGGAGUACACUGUGGAUGUGUUCUUCCGCCAACGCUGGACAGAUGAGCGGCUGAAGUUCCAUGGGCCAAUGAAUAUCCUACGUCUAAAUAAUCUGAUGGCCAGUAAGAUCUGGACCCCUGACACCUUCUUCCACAAUGGCAAGAAGUCUGUGGCUCACAACAUGACCAUGCCAAACAAAUUACUGCGGAUCAUGGAGAAUGGGACACUACUUUACACCAUGAGGCUGACAGUGCAGGCAGAAUGUCCAAUGCAUCUGGAGGACUUUCCUAUGGACUCUCACUCAUGUCCACUGAAGUUUGGCAGCUAUGCAUAUACAUUGACAGAGGUAACUUAUGUUUGGACAAGAAAUGCCACGCUUUCAGUGGAGGUGGCUCCAGACGGAUCAAGAUUGAACCAGUAUGACUUGAGGGGCCAAACUGUUGACAAAGAAACUAUUAAAUCCAGCACUGGGGAAUAUACAGUGAUGACAGUUUAUUUCCAUCUAAAGAGGAAGAUUGGGUACUUUGUGAUCCAAACUUACUUGCCCUGCAUUAUGACUGUCAUUCUGUCCCAGGUCUCCUUCUGGCUUAACCGUGAAUCAGUACCUGCUCGAACCGUUUUUGGUGUGACUACUGUGCUUACUAUGACCACUCUGAGUAUCAGUGCUCGUAACUCAUUGCCCAAAGUGGCUUAUGCCACUGCAAUGGACUGGUUCAUUGCUGUGUGCUAUGCCUUUGUCUUCUCCGCCCUUAUUGAAUUUGCAACGGUCAACUACUUCACCAAACGGGGCUGGGCCUGGGAUGGCAAGAGUAUUCUAAAUGACAAGAAAAAAGAGGGCUCCGUUGUGAAGAAGAACAACGCUUAUGCAGUCGCUGUGGCAAACUAUGCUCCCCACAUUGUGAAGGAUUUAGCUUUGCCCACUGUUUCCAAGAGUGCUCCAGCAGAGCCCACUAAAGCUCAGCCCGUGUCUAAAGAGAGCAAGAAGACAUUUAACAGUGUAAGCAAGAUCGACCGCAUGUCCCGCAUCAUCUUCCCUGUGCUUUUUGGCAGCUUCAACCUGGUCUACUGGGCUACAUAUCUCAACAGAGAGCCUGUCAUUAAGAACAUGGUUCCUUCUCAGUGACUAUUCCAUUAAAUAUGAAUAUACACAUUACACCCACAUAUACACACAGACACACACAUAUUAAAAUCUUACUUAGCUUUUAUACCUGCUUAGUAUUAUGUUACGCUUAGCAUCUUUGUCUUACAGUUAUAGCACAUAUCUUACGAUUGGGAAUUUAAACCAUGUUGUUCAUCUUUGAAAAAGCUUUCAUUGCCAGGCCAGUCUUAAGAAUAAUAACAUACCUUUUUUGUUUUAAAAAUCAUUUAUAUUUUAUUAGAUAUAGACAGUGAUAAAGUAUAUUCUCUUUUUUCACCUGUUUCUUUCCAAUGUAAGAGUAUCCAUAUAUAAGAAGAAUAUCUCAGCUCUUACACAGUUGUGCCAAUUUGUAAAGACAAAUAUGUUGAUUUUUAUCCAGUCUUUAAAAUACUUUUAGCACAGUAUGAGAUGGCAGGGUGAGAAUACUGAAGUUCUCCUUCAAUUGACUAAAUGAUAUUAGGAAUGGGAAGGAAGGAAGAAGACUGCUAUCCUUUUCUCUCAGUAAAAGCACCGCCAAUUAUAUCCUUAAGUGCUAUGGAUGGCACAUGGCACAGCUGGGACUUUAAUAUUAGAUGUAGUCUAUGUAGUCACUCCUAGAAAAAUGUAUCUUUGCCUACCUUUGAGGCAUUUAACACAGAUAAUAUAUUUCAAGUGUUUUUUUAUACAUUGGACGUUCCUUGACAACAGCAGUGACUUGAACAAAUAACCAAAUAUAAGAUGAGUAGAGGGCACGGUGGCUUAGUGGUUAGCACGUUCGCCUCACACCUCCAGGGUUGGGGGUUCGAUUCCCAUCUCCGCCUUGUGUGUGUGGAGUUUCCAUGUUCUCCCCGUGCCUCGGGGGUUUCCUCCGGGUACUCUGGUUUC